AUGGGAGACCACUACCCCCGUCCAGACUUUACCCGGAAGGGCCUUAAUUGGGCCUCUCUCAAUGGUCCAUGGGAUUUCCUCUUCGACGACUCCAACUCGGGCCUCUCCCAGGAAUGGCACUCCACCGGUCUGCCUACCAAGACUCGGAUAACAGUCCCCUACGCCUUCCAAACACCCGCGUCAGGAAUAAACCUUCAAGAGGCUCACGAAUUCAUCUGGUACGAGCGCGAGGUUCAGGACAUCCGGUCCAAGAGCGACAUCGAGGCCAAUGCGAGGCUGCUCCUCCGCUUCGGCGCGGUCGAUUACGAGUGUACAAUCUGGGUCGAUGGCAAGCAGUACGCUGCGCAUAGAGGCGGAUAUGUUCCCUUUGACGUGGAAAUCACCGAUGAAUUCACCGAACAAAAGAGCAAUGCUCGAGUGACCCUGCGUGUACGUGACUCCCCGACAGAUCUUACCCAACCGCGUGGAAAACAGUACUGGGGACCAGUGCCCGAGAGCAUCUUUUACACUCCGACCAGUGGUAUCUGGCAGAAUGUCUGGCUGGAAGUGGUGCCUGCAAUUCGGAUUGCGGAUUCAAGUGGUGGAACAGUCCUGCAAGGGGAUGAUAUCGAGGGUGGCUUCUUGAGAGGGGUCAUUGCUCUCACCGGAGAGAAGCCUCCAGCUGGAGAGACAUGUUCUUUGCGCAUUGCUAUCUCUUUCCAGGGCACAGAUAUGGCCGAAACCACGAUCGAUAUCGGCGAGGGACAAUUAACGGCGCCCUUUGAGCUGAACAUCCGCAGCGAGAAUGUCAGCCAGCACAGAUCCGCGUUCAAGAGCCUGCCGCCAUGGUCGCCAUACCCCCUGAGUGAUGGCCUGGCACUAUGGUCGCCCGAAUACCCGAACCUCUACGACGUGACUAUGCAGCUUAUCAACUCGGCCGAUGAAGGGCAGGUGUUCGACGAGAUCCACACAACAGUCGGGAUGCGCAAGAUCGAGUGGGACAACGGCGACAGCACGUUCCGCCUAAACGGCAAGCCUUACUUCCAAGCGCUCUGUCUGGACCAGGGCUAUUGGCCUGAGACCGGACUUACACCUCCUUCGCACAACGCUCUGAAAGAAGACAUCAUCCUCGCAAAGAAGAUGGGGCUCAACGGAUGCCGGAAGCACCAGAAGGUCGAAGACCCGGUCUUUUUGUAUUGGGCCGAUCGGCUCGGGUAUCUAGUUUGGGGCGAGAUUGGGAACGCCUAUGAGUUUAGCGAGGAGUAUGUGGAAAGAUUCAACGACGAGUGGGAACAGGUCGUUAAGCGCGAUCGCAAUCAUCCGUGCGUGGUUGCCUGGACCCCCGUCAAUGAGAGCUGGGGGUACAAGAACCUCAACGAUAAUGCCCGGGAGAGGGCGCAUAUUCGGGAGGUGUACAAGCUGACAAAGUCCCUCGAUCCAACCCGCCCCGUAAACGACAACUGCGGCUGGGAGCACGUCCAGACAGACCUAACGACCUUCCACGACUACAGCGACAGCGCCGAGCUGGCGAAUAUCUGCAACAAGCUGGACGGCGGCAUUCUAGCCCGCAAGCUCAACGGCGAGAUGUUUGUCGAUCCGAUCGCCUCGCGUGAUGGUUCUGUUCUCGACCCCGGGUCGACAUUCAACCCCAGCCUCCCGGUCAUCUGCUCUGAGUUCGGAGGCGUCAAUAUUGCCCCUGCACCGGAUGCAGCUGCGGCAGGAUCAGAGCGAGACUGGGGGUAUACUACGGCCGCGGAUCCGAAUGACCUCCUUGCCAGACUGGAGAAGCUGUUCCAGGCUGUUGUUCAUGGCGGGUUGAUCUGUGGGUUUGUGUAUACGCAGUUAACGGACAUCGAGCAAGAAGUCAACGGGCUGUACUCGUUUGAUCGCCGCGAAAAGGUCCCCGCUGAUAAGGUCAGGAAGCUCAUGGAGGAGGCGAAGAUGGCUUAUGCGAAGACGAUUGAGCGCCGGGGAAUUGAGCGGAGGACAUAG